UGGCGUGUUGGUAGUGGUGGAUCAAGCCCACAGACCCGUAGCGAUGGGCAAACCCUCUAUUGCCGAAAUGCCGAGCGCUCAAGUAACUGUAUAACGGCCAGGCCAGGUGAACAAUAAACCAACGCCACCUCCACCCCGCGGUGGAUCGUCUUCCGCCACCGCCACCGACGACGAAGACGAUUGUAGUGGUGGUGUUUGCUCUGCCUCGGACUCUGGCACAGUGAACAGCGAAGCACCAGGCAGUCCAUCAGUCUUGUUACUGUGCCGUGCGCCAGGGAAGGCGAAGAAGCUCAUCGGGGUGGGGUUUUUUUUGUUGCUUUUUUCGGGGAGUCGGACGUGUCGAAAUUGGUGGUUCGCGUUUUGCAUACUACGCCUUACUACGCCAUCCGCACUGUGGUGCGUGCGUGCGUGCAUUGUGCGCAAACUCUCGGUGAUUGCACCACGGCCAUAUAUCGUCGAGUACGCCCCGAGUGGUCUUUGACCCCCGUCGUCGUCUUCUUUGGCGGAAUUGUUGCGGACUUCUUCAAAUUCGAAAGUGUCACGGAGUGCUGCCUUCAACACGCAACGCCUGUGGACGCGUGAGCAGCAACAGUAGCAGCAGAAACAACCGAAGACGUUGUGCGUUGGAAUGUGGUGCUGCAAAGGAAACAAUCAUAUUCAUCGAGUCGCAGUUCCAGAUACCGUUAGUUACCUACGUCUUCUUUUUCUUCCUCAUCUGUAAUCGUGCACCGUGAUCCACAUCUGCAAAGAGAGAUAGAAAGAGAGUCAGAGAGAGCGAUAGAGAGAGAGAGAGAGUAAAGACACAGCGUCACAAUGAAGCCAAGACGGGUAGUUGGCCUUUCGAGAGGCUACGAGGAGAUGGAUGGUGCUAAUGUACCUCGCCCACCAGGGAGCACGGCAACAGCAGCACCCACAUCAUCCGCCGGUGGUGCAGAGCAAAACGGUGACAGGAAUGGUGCUGCAGGAGGAACGAUGCUAACGGCCGCUGGUGCCGGUGCUCCGGAGUUUGAGCUCGCUUCGGUCAGUGUCGUACCGGAUGAUACGUACACGGUGACGCAGGCUGUCAAUGCGCUCGGGUUCGGAUGGUUCCAGGUGAAGCUGUCCCUGUGCGUUGGGUUGUGUUGGAUGGCCGAUUCGAUGGAGAUGACGAUACUGAGUGUGCUUGGACCGGCGUUGCAUUGCGAUUGGGGUAUCACGCGGUACCAGCAGGCCCUUGUCACUACCGUCGUGUUCCUCGGAAUGAUGCUUAGUUCAACGUUUUGGGGCCAUCUGAGUGAUCGAUAUGGCCGGAAACCGGCAUUGACACUGUGCGGUGUGCUGCUGUUCCUGUACGGCCUGCUGAGUUCCGUUGCGCCCAGUUUCGGUUGGUUGCUGUUGCUUCGAGGACUCGUUGGAUUCGCCAUCGGUUGUGUACCACAAUCCGUUACACUCUACGCCGAGUUCCUGCCAACGAAACAGCGGGCCAAGUGUGUUGUGCUACUGGAUUGCUUUUGGGCGUUGGGAGCAUGCUUCGAGGUGGCGCUUGCAUUGGCCGUCACACCGAAUCUUGGCUGGCGAUGGUUGCUAGGACUGUCGGCUGCACCGCUUUUCAUCUUCGCCAUCAUCACACCGUGGCUUCCGGAAUCGGCCCGCUAUCACGUCACGAGUGGCCAAAGCGAUAAAGCACUCAACACACUCGAACAGAUCGCCAAGGAUAACCGGCGACCGAUGCUACUCGGCCGGUUGGUCGUCGAAGGGCCGAGUGGUUCGCGCGGUAGCUUCAAGGCACUGCUCGGUAGCUCGCUCCGGCGCACCACCUUGCUCCUGUGGUUUAUCUGGAUGUCGUGUGCGUUCUGCUACUACGGGCUCGUCCUGAUGUCGACCGAGCUGUUUGGAGGAAAGAACAAAACGAUCGUCGAUGGUGACGAACCGGGCAUGAUCGACUGUCAACCGCUGGCGACGACGGACUAUAUGGAUCUGCUGUGGACGACACUGGCCGAGUUUCCGGGCAUUUUCGCUACCAUCUACGUGAUCGAGCGAUUUGGGCGAAAGAAAACGAUGGCCCUUCAGUUUCUGUUCUAUGCCGGCUGUGUGCUUAUGAUCACCGUUACCGAGGUACGCGUCUUCCUGACCAUUAUCCUGUUUAUGGCACGUGGUGUCAUUGCGGGGCUGUUCCAGGCCGCGUAUGUCUACACACCGGAGGUGUACCCGACGGCUCUCCGUUCUGUCGGUGUCGGUGGAUGCUCGGCACUGGCACGGUUAGGCGCGAUGGCAACGCCGUACAUCGCGCAGGUGCUCUUUCAGUCUUCGAUCUGGAGUGCGGUGUCCGUGUACGGGAUAUUUGCGGCCUGUGCCAGUGUGGCGUGUAUGCUGUUACCGUACGAAACACGGGGUGCCGAUUUGGCGCACUAAACGUGGCCAA